UGACACACAAACUGCUGUGCCAAUAGGCGUAUGGCUAUCUAAUUAAACUCGUACCACGCAAUCCCUCGGAUACCCCCCCCCCCCCCCCCUCCUUAAAUCCCAUCUACCAACUCUCUCGCUCUCUUAUCCCCGUGGAAGCACGCGCCCACCCGCCCGUUAUCUGCCUCUCUCUGUCCGCUGGUUGUUGUCUCACGAGGCUUGAGUGUGACGGUGUCACGUUAACAUGGUUUGCAGGGCUCAGCCGCAGUAGCAGCAUAAGAAGAGAAAGAAGUAGAGACAGUAGCUGUGUGUUCCAAGCAGCCAGUCCGGACUCUCUCCCAUCUCACAUCUAUCGACCGGAGGACGCAGCCAGACAAAACCGAACUUCCCCCCAUCUCUUCCCGUCUCUCUCGCUCCCACGUCCCCAUCGCGACGCUCGGUGAUCAGGAGCUUGCGGUGCUCUCUCUUAGAUAAAGGGUUGUAACCAGGGGCCUGGUAGGUGUUGUUGCCACUGAGACCGAGUGUGUGUCGCCACGGUGUUGCGUCGUUGCCAUGGGGAAACAGAACAGCAAGCUACGGCCAGAGAUGCUUCAGGACCUGAGAGAGAACACGGAGUUCUCUGACCACGAACUACAGGAGUGGUACAAGGGAUUCCUAAAGGACUGUCCCAGCGGCAACCUGAACGUAGAGGAGUUUAAGAAGAUCUACGCCAAUUUCUUCCCAUACGGAGAUGCCUCCAAGUUCGCCGAGCACGUCUUCCGAACGUUCGACACCAACAGCGACGGCACCAUCGACUUCCGGGAGUUCAUCAUCGCGCUGAGUGUCACGUCACGAGGAAAGCUGGAGCAGAAACUGAAGUGGGCCUUCAGCAUGUAUGACCUGGAUGGGAAUGGGUACAUCAGCCGUGAUGAGAUGCUGGAGAUCGUACAGGCCAUUUAUAAAAUGGUGUCGUCUGUGAUGAAGAUGCCGGAGGAUGAGUCCACGCCGGAGAAGAGAACAGACAAGAUCUUCAGACAGAUGGACCUCAACAACGAUGGUAAACUGUCCCUGGAGGAGUUCAUUAAAGGUGCCAAAAGUGAUCCCUCCAUCGUGAGGCUACUCCAGUGUGACCCCAGCUCCGCCUCCCAGUUCUAAUCCCGCCCACCUGGCCUGCCACAUCCACCCCGGUUGCUAUGGAAACGCUCAAAUCAGUGCAUGAUGGUUCUCGUCUCUCAUAUCUUUUUGUUGUACAAGUUGGAAGAAGAGUUUUAAAAUGAGAUGAAACUAAAAUCAUUCAAAGUUGUUUUUUUAAGAAUAUAAUUAAAAGAAGGGACAUGCAUAGAUUAUUAUUAAGAAGAUAAUACAACAACUGAGAAUACAAAAAACAAGGCGUUGCCAAGGCAUUUCGUUGUCCGAUGUGUUUUCCCGUCUCUCUCCGGAUCCGGAAGGAUGGAAUUCUGCUGAGCUCCACUGCCUCACAACGCCGGGAAGUCCGUCGGCCAUUUUUUACAGAGUCGGGAAUUUUGGGGGAGAGAAUUAAGGGAACAUUCCAUCCUGAGAACCAUCCAUGGCCCUCUGUGUUCUAAUUAUUCUGUUCAAUAGAUUCUGUUUCUCCUCCAAUCAAGGCACAGCUUCUACAAUUCUCUUACAUGUUUAUGUGUAAAAAGAAUGCAUAUAUAUAUAUAUAUAUGACAUCAUACAAAAUGAAUAGCCAAGUAUAUAUCUGUCUUUUAUGACUCGUUGCAUUCAGAAGGCAGUAUUAUGUAACUGUGUUUGCUCAAUAUGAGACAGGGAAAGGAAAGGAGUUGGGAAUUUUCCUACUAACUGAUCUUCCACUGGGGGGGAAAAAGCUGUUGAAAAUACCAUUGGGUUUUUAUUAUUGAUUGUUAUUAUUUUAUUACAUAGUAAUGUUUUUCCUUCUCAUGUUGUUUACUUAUAUUGAUUCAUUUGAAUCAUUGUGGUUGUAUUUUUGAUUUUGCCAUUGAAGACGAUCGUAACCCAAUACUGGAGAAGUAUCGAAAGAAAGAAAGAAAGAAAGAUAGAUAGAUAGAUAGAUAGAUAGAUAGAUAGAUAGAUAGAUAGAUAGAUAGAUAGAUAGAUAGAUAGAGAAAUAGAAAGAUACUUGGAUAAUGACUUGUCUUUGGAGACCGUCUGUCUCAUAUCUGUCCACGAUGGAAAGGGAAAACGAAGAACAUUUGAUUACAUAAUGCAUUUGAUCAACGAAACCGGUAGCAGCAAAUCAUAUCAUUUGAGCCGCCACGAGUGUAUGUAUGCAUGCAUGCAUGUGUGUGUGUGUGUGUGUGUAUGUCUGAGUGUGUGUGUGCAUGUGUGUACAGUAUGCAUGUGUACAGUUUGUGUAUGUCCAGGCUAACUUAACAGUCUAAUCAAUAAUGUUGUUUAUUGACAUGUAAUAUAAAGUAUUUAAAGGUUAUUUAUUAGAACACUUUAUUACAUCACUGAGCAGUAAAGUCGUCACAUUGUCAACAAACACCGCAUGGUACACAAGAACAACAACAACAACAACAACACAGGAAAUAUGAUUAGUAGCUUUUCUCUCUUCAGCAGUACUCUUACUGUAGCCUACCAGACCACUCUUACUGUAGCCUACCAGACCACUCUUACUGUAGCCUACCAGACCACUCUUACUGUAGCCUACCAGACCACUCUUACUGUAGCCUACCAGACCACUCUUACUGUAGUCUACCAGACCACUCUUACUGUAGUCUACCAGACCACUCUUACUGUAGCCUACCAGACCACUCUUACUGUAGUCUACCAGACCACUCUUACUGUAGCCUACCAGACCACUCUUACUGUAGCCUACCAGACCACUCUUACUGUAGCCUACCAGACCACGCUUACUGUAGUCUACCAGACCACUCUUACUGUAGCCUACCAGACCACUCUUACUGUAGCCUACCAGACCAAUCUUACUGUAGCCUACCAGACCACUCUUACUGUAGCCUACCAGACCACUCUUACUGUAGCCUACCAGACCACUCUUACUGUAGCCUACCAGACCACUCUUACUGUAGCCUACCAGACCACUCUUACUGUAGCCUACCAGACCACUCUUACUGUAGCCUACCAGACCACUCUUACUGUAGCCUACCAGACCACUCUCACUGUAGCCUACCAGACCACUCUUACUGUAGCCUACCAGACCACUCUUACUGUAGCCUACCAGACCACUCUUACUGUAGCCUACCAGACCACUCUUACUGUAGCCUACCAGACCACUCUUACUGUAGUCUACCAGACCACUCUUACUGUAGCCUACCAGACCACUCUUACUGUAGCCUACCAGACCACUCUUACUGUAGCCUACCAGACCAAUCUUACUGUAGCCUACCAGACCACUCUUACUGUAGCCUACCAGACCACUCUUACUGUAGCCUACCAGACCACUCUUACUGUAGCCUACCAGACCACUCUUACUGUAGCCUACCAGACCACUCUUACUGUAGCCUACCAGACCACUCUUACUGUAGUCUACCAGACCACUCUUACUGUAGCAUACCAGACCACUCUUACUGUAGCCUACCAGACCACUCUUACUGUAGUCUACCAGACCACUCUUACUGUAGCCUACCAGACCACUCUUACUGUAGUCUACCAGACCACUCUUACUGUAGCCUACCAGACCACUCUUACUGUAGCCUACCAGACCACUCUUACUGUAGCCUACCAGACCACUCUUACUGUAGCCUACCAGACCACUCUUACUGUAGUCUACCAGACCACUCUUACUGUAGACUACCAGACCACUCUUACUGUAGCCUACCAGACCACUCUUACUGUAGUCUACCAGACCACUCUUACUGUAGACUACCAGACCACUCUUACUGUAGCUUACCAGACCACUCUUACUGUAGCCUACCAGACCACUCUUACUGUAGCCUACCAGACCACUCUUACUGUAGUCUACCAGACCACUCUUACUGUAGCCUACCAGACCACUCUUACUGUAGCCUACCAGACCACUCUUACUGUAGCCUACCAGACCACUCUUACUGUAGUCUACCAGACCACUCUUACUGUAGCCUACCAGACCACUCUUACUGUAGUCUACCAGACCACUCUUACUGUAGCCUAUCAGACCACUCUUACUGUAGCCUACCAGACCACUCUUACUGUAGCCUACCAGACCACUCUUACUGUAGUCUACCAGACCACUCUUACUGUAGCCUACCAGACCACUCUUACUGUAGCCUACCAGACCACUCUUACUGUAGUCUACCAGACCACUCUUACUGUAGCCUACCAGACCACUCUUACUGUAGCCUACCAGACCACUCUUACUGUAGCCUACCAGACCACUCUUACUGUAGCCUACCAGACCACUCUUACUGUAGCCUACCAGACCACUCUUACUUUAGCCUACCAGACCACUCUUACUUUAGCCUACCAGACCACUCUUACUGUAGCCUACCAGACCACUCUUACUGUAGCCUACCAGACCACUCUUACUGUAGCCUACCAGACCACUCUUACUGUAGCCUACCAAACCACUCUUACUGUAGCCUACCAGACUACACACAGAAGAUGCAUGUCCUGUCUUUGCGCACUCGUGUGUGUGUGUGUCCGUGUGUGCCACUUUGAGACACCCUUUCCCUCCAUCCCUCCUUCCCUCCCUCGUCUCCUAGACAUAGAGAACACACUAAGGGCUUCAUUGUCAUUCUCAAUCCCAAUGCGUUUGUGUUAUCUUCCUAUGUGUACUUAGCCAACAGGCAGUAGGUAGAGUUGUUUUAAGACACUGAUCACCAAGAAAAAUGUGUCCCAAAUGACACCCUAUUCCCUAUAUAGUGCACUACUUUUGACCAAGGCCACAUAGGGCUCUGGACGAGUGCAUAUUUCAGAAUGUAUACUGCACUGCACCUCUGCUAAUGGUCUCCCAGUGUCACUGCCCCCUGCUGGUUGGAUGAGGAACAGUCGCUGCUACACUGCUGCUAAAUUAUUUGACAGGUUUUCCAGAAAUCUCAGUAGGAAGAUUGUCAGAUUUCCUGCUGAUUCCAGGGAUUUUUCCAACCGGGAUUUCUGGAAAAAGCUGGACAUUUUGGAGAAGUUACCAGAAUUUUGCAACCCUAUUCCGUUCUACCAACCCCUCUUCUAUACAGUCCCACCUACCCCUCUUGUAUAGCAUUCUACCUACCCCUCUUCUAUUCCGUCCUACCUACCCCUCUUCUAUACCAUUCUACCUACCCCUUUUCUAUUCCGUCCCACCUACCCCUCUUCUAUUCCGUCCUACCUACCCCUCUUCUAUACCGUCCUACCUACCCUCUUCUAUACCGUCCUACCUACCCCUCUUCUAUACCGUCUACCUACCCCUCUUCUAUACCGUCUACCUACCCCUCUUCUAUUCCGUCCUACAUACCCCUCUUCUAUACCGUCCCACCUACCCCUCUUCUAUACUGUCCUACCUACCCCUCUUCUAUUCCGUCCCACCUACCCCUCUUCUAUACCGUCCUACCUACCCCUCUUCUAUACCGUUCUACCUACCCCUCUUCUAUACCCUUCUACCUACCCCUCUUCUAUACCGUCCCACCUACCCCUCUUCUAUACCGUUCUACCUACCCCUCUUCUAUACCGUCCCACCUACCCCUCUUCUAUACCGUUCUACCUACCCCUCUUCUAUACCGUCCCACCUGCCCCUCUUCUAUACCGUCCCACCUACCCCUCUUCUAUACCGUUCUACCUACCCCUCUUCUAUACCGUCCCACCUGCCCCUCUUCUAUACCGUCCCACCUGCCCCUCUUCUAUACCGUCCUACCUACCCCUCUUCUAUACCGUCCCACCUACCCUCUUCUAUACCGUUCUACCUACCUCUCUUCUAUACCGUCCCACCUGCCCCUCUUCUAUACCGUCCCACCUGCCCCUCUUCUAUACCGUCCUACCUACCCCUCUUCUAUACCGUCCCACCUACCCCUCUUCUAUACCGUUCUACCUACCCCUCUUCUAUACCAUCCCACCUACCCCUCUUCUAUACCGUUCUACCUACCCCUCUUCUAUACCGUCCCACCUACCCCUCUUCUAUACCGUCCUACCUACCCUCUUCUAUACCGUCCCACCUGCCCCCUCUUCUAUACCGUUCUACCUACCCCUCUUCUAUACCGUCCCACCUACCCCUCUUCUAUACCGUCCCACCUACCCCUCUUCUAUACCGUCCUACCUACCACUCUUCUAUACCGUCCUACCUACCCCUCUUCUAUACCGUCCUACCUGCCCCUCUUCUAUACCGUUCUACCUACCCCUCUUCUAUACCGUCCUACCUACCCCUCUUCUAUACCGUCCCACCUGCCCCUCUUCUAUACCGUCCCACCUACCCCUCUUCUAUACCGUCCUACCUGCCCCUCUUCUAUACCGUUCUACCUACCCCUCUUCUAUACCGUUCUACCUACCCCUCUUCUAUACCGUCCCACCUACCCCUCUUCUAUACCGUCCCACCUACCCCUCUUCUAUACCGUCCCACCUGCCCCUCUUCUAUACCGUCCCACCUACCCCUCUUCAAUUCCCACUGCCUCUAAAACUGGUACCUUCAGUUGGAUCAAUAUAAUUAUUAUUAUUUUCUGUUGCAUGAAAACCUCCAGCAAAGAUUGUGAUGUUUCUUCCUGUUUUGACCCGAAUCAAUGACAAAUAUACCUUGUGUAUUUCCAA